AUAAAAAUUAAUAAUUACCAAUGUGAUAACUGAUAACGAUUAAAUGACAAAUUAUAUGGAAAAGCAGAGUAGUUUUUCGUUGGAAUUUUUAAUGUUUCUCUUUCUUAAUUGUGUUAUAGAUUUUAAGUUUAAUUCUGUCACUUUAAUAUGAUUUAAUAAUAACUAUCCAUUUCAAUAUCAUUCAGUUCUGUUCCCUGUACCGUCAUGUUCAAUACGUUACGUUCACUCAUUCACCCUGGGAACGGUUUAAUUGUAUCAGUUAGGGGCCUUAAGUCUGAUUUGCACAUAAAAUGGGUCCGACCAGAAAAAAUCGCAUGCUGGGAUCCUAAAAAAUCUGGUGACUUGUCACCCCUGGAGCCACUGGAUAUGACUAAACCACCAUUAGAAUAUCAAGAUUCUGAGGAACUAAAAACAGCCAAUGAAUAUGUGCGUAAAGUAUUUUCUUGUGAUUUUAUGGGACGGCGGUAUGCAACGCAAUUGGUUCGCCAACAGCUCAUUGAUAAGGUCAAAUCCAAUAAUUUAGAUUUCACAUCAUGCGAAGUUCAAAUUGCCAGUAUGACAUCAAACAUUCGUAAUCUUCAAGAACACUACAAAUUAGCUCCAAGAGAUAAAAAUUCUAGAGUAGCAUUAAAAGAAAUAAUAGAUAAACGUAAAAAAAGACUGAAACAUUUACGAACUUGGGACUAUAAGAAGUUUGAAUGGUUAUUGGAAAAUUUGGAUUUAAAGUAUCAUCCUCACCCGCCUUAUGAACGAGUAGAAAGAAAAAAAUCAUUACGGCGCCUUACAUCUCAAUGGUGUGAUGAAGUUAAAUCAAAAAAAUUGGCUGAAUAUCGUAAUGAAUUGGAUAACGAAAAAGAAAUAUUUUUGAAACACAAAUUGGAAACAUUAGAAUGGGCUAAAAAAGAAGAGGUUGAAUGUGGAGUAGAACCAACAGUAACUGAUGCUGAUAUUGAAAGUGCCCGUAAACAAUUAGAAGAAUGGAAAAACAGGAAAUCAAUUCAAGAAUAACCAUGUAAUUGUAAAUGAGAAUAGUUAUAAAAAAAGAUUAAAGCUCUUUAAUGUUCAAAAAAACAAUUCUAUAGUAUUAAAUUA